ACGAUGGCGGACGACGAACUCGCCACGAAAGCUCCAGAGAGCGAUGCUCAGGAGGACAAGCAGAAUGAGAAGGAAAUACCUGGAGACUCAAAGGUCGACCAAGGUGCAGCCAGCAUGGGCGAGCACUGCACGACCGAUCGACCGACCCCGGCGGGAGAACAGCCUACUGGAGAGAUCGCAAAGUACAAUGAUGUCGAGACGUAUAUCGCGAAGCCGGCCGACUAUCCUCAUUCGCCAUCCAAGCUUCUGUUACUCCUGACACCAGGCACUGGAAUCCAUUCGACCAAUAAUCAACUGCAAGCAGACAAGUUCGCCGCUGAAGGAUUCUUGGUCGCUAUGCCGGACCAAUUUGCAGGCGACCCAGCAACCUCAGCUUCCAGAACGAGCACCUCCACAGCCGAAGAGAAACCCAGCAUGAUUGAACAAGUAAAGAUGGGUAUAGCAUCAGUCGCCAAAAGCUUCACUAUCGAUAUGUGGCUCGCAAGACACACUCCUGAGAAAGUUCUACCGCUUCUUCGAAAAGCCAUCGAUGGUAUCAAAGAGGAGUUCGCGGACGCUAUCGCCCAUGGAGGUGGAAUCUAUGCUGUUGGAUACUGUUUUGGAGCAAAAUACGUCUUGCUCUUGGGCUCUGAACUUCACGCGGAUGUCGUCUCUGGACAGAGCGAGGCAGAGCAAGGCAUAGUGGAGAAGGGACCUCAGAUCAAAUGUGGUGCCAUUGCCCACGGAACACAAAUCACAGCGGCAGACCUCGAAGGCUGCCAGACACCGCUGUCGGUGGUUGCUGUGUCAGAGGACAGCUUAUUCCCAGAUGAGAUUCGUGAGGCUGGAGUCAAGAAGUUGAAAGAGAAGGGAGUUGAGAUUGAGGAGAAGGUCUAUCCUGGCGUACCUCAUGGCUUUGCCGUGUUGGGAGACUAUGCUGAUACUGCGAUUCGAGAGAAGCAGCGCGAUGCUUUCCAGCAGAUCCUGGAAUGGCUCAAGUCGCACUAAGACGAUCGCGAAGGGGAGUUUGAACGAGUCACGGCGAAUAGAAUAACAAGAGAUUAACGAUGAAAUGAAUGAGGGCAUGACCGAUCGAG